AUGAAGUCCAUUGUGGCUUAUGUUCGCAAUCUUCUUGGUUGGUGCGAAGACGAAACCAAUAGAACAAGCUUCAAGCGAGACAGGACUGAUGACGAUUUUUCGUCCGACGAUGAAAUACCGGCGUUGAAAAGAUUAAAGCAAUUAAAUAAAACCAAUUUUCCCGAAAGUAUGGCAUCAAACGAUGUCUGGGAGAAGGAUAAAAAGCAACAUAAGAAUGUUCGUUAUGUUCCUAUACAAAUAGAAUCUGAUCACCCCAGUACAUCAACACCUAACGAAGUUCCAACAAGAAUAGCAAGCAGAAUUAGAACAGUGCCAAUUAAACUUGUUGGUGUCACUGAAAAUGGUUCGACUACUCCUAGAAAUACUAGAGGAAAUACCUCUGUGAGGCCAGUGAUACAAGCAGUGUUAGAUAAUGAUGAUGAUGACCAGGUUACUUGGAUUGAAACUAGGCCUGAAAAACCUAAAAAGGUAUAUAUCAAUUUGGAUGAUGAUGAUGAAAAUGAUAAUGAACAAAAUGACGAUGUUAUAUUUGUCAAAAAAGUAUCAACACCUCCACCAGUUAAACCAUACAAAUAUUUCUAUACCAAUGAAACAGAGUCUAGAGACGAAGUGGAUGAUGUUCAGUAUUACAGGCUAAAAAAGAUUAAAGACAGGGAGCGUAAUGUGUCACCAAGAACCUAUAGCAAAUUUAAGGCCCCUGUAGGCAUUACAAAAACUUAUAAAAGAGUUCCUCCAUCUGUGCCGAAAUGGUUGCAGGGACAAAACACUAAUCUCUCUCAAAGUAAAAAUAGAUUUUUAAAUGUUAAUGGAAAUGCUAGAACAACUCUUUCCGAAGUAUUUAACUUAGAUGAAAAGAGGAAUUAUCAGGAAUUAAUCAGAAGGGUUGCUAGUAGUACUAAACCAUUGUCAUUUGGAAAGCCACUCAACAUCAUUGAUUUAGCAGAAGAUGCAGCAUCAUUUCGAAUGACACAAAGGGCACAGAAAAAAGCACUGAAUGAAAUUAAGUUAACUGAAAGGGGUCUGUGUGAUGAAAAAGAAAAUGAGGAAUUGAGGGAAUAUGAUCCUAUUACUGUAGCAUCAAUAAAUUCAUCAGAUUCGGAAGUUGAAAUUGUUCCUUCUGAGAGUUCUACCUCAUCCUCGGUUAAGAUUGAUCCCAUUAAUACUUUAAAAGACUCUUUCAAGGAUAGACCCAUUACGUCAGACGACUGGUUAGCAAAGUUGAAUUCCAAAUACAAAAAGAAAAAACAAGAUACUAAUGAAAAAUUAAAAGAUGCCCGUCGAGAGUCUGAUAUUAUAUCCAAGGUUAAUUAUGAACAAAAAUUAGCCCAUUUAGAGCAUAAACUUAAACAUGAGUUGAGUAUACCUGAAAGUCUGAUUGAGGAAGUUGAACCCAGUGUAGAAUUACCCAAGUUAACAUUAGAACAAGAAAAAUUAGUUAAUAGAGCCUUAGGGCCAGGACCCGCUGGUCAGCUGCUGGUGGAAAAGUUUAAUUUAAGGAUACACAGACGAGAUUUACAAACACUGUCUGGACUGAAUUGGCUGAAUGAUGAAGUUAUAAAUUUCUAUAUGAACCUGCUUAUGCAACGUAGUGAGGAGCGUCCUGAUUUACCCAAAGUAUAUGCAACCAACACAUUCUUCUACCCCAAGCUUAUGCAGAGUGGACAAGCAGGGUUACGACGAUGGACAAGAAAGGUGGACAUCUUUGCACAUGACCUUAUGGUUGUUCCGGUCCACUUAGGAGUGCAUUGGUGCCUCAGCCUGGUAGACUUCCGAACGCGACGUAUUUCUUACCUGGACAGUAUGGGAUCACGCAACCAGCCUUGCCUCGAUGCACUCCUCCAAUAUUUGCGGGAUGAACACAAGGACAAAAAGGGACAGCCCUUCGAUGAUAAGGACUGGACAACAGUGAAUUUAAAGGAUAUCCCUCAACAGAUGAACGGCAGUGACUGUGGCAUGUUUGCCUGCACAUUCGCGGAGUUCUCGUGCAGGAAUGCACCGUACACUUUCUCACAGACACACAUGCCUUACCUACGAAGAAAAGCAGCUCUUGAAAUUCUGCAAGGGAAGUUACUGCUAUAA